AUGCCAGAGCUGCUUUGCAAUAUUUUCAGGGAUCGUUUCAAAAGUAUAAGUCAAAAUAAUGUAAUAAUGGAUAUAGGUAUGAAGUUUGUUUCAGAAGAAUGUAAUAUGUUGGGUAAGACUAAAUUUGGAGAGUGGUUAGAUCAACCUGAAAAACUAGGACAAAUAACAAGACAAUUGGCAAAGAAGGAAGUUUGGCCAGUGCAACAAGAAAAGAUUCGCGAAAAAUUGCACGAAGGCCAGAUAUUAUAUGGUGCUGACACAAUUAGGAAAUAA